ACAAUAGUAACCUGUUCUGCAUAGGGGAGUGACAAGGAGGAGAACUCACGACUGUCAUCUCCAAGAGAGAGCGACCUGCACGCAGUUUUGAUCGGUGACGUGCAUAGGCGUGUUCGACAACAGCAUAGGAGUUUCAGCAUCCGUAAUCAAAAGAAACGCAGAUUCUCCUCGGAACAGUGCAGCAGUGACUGGAUAAAGUGAAGAGCUGAGACCUAGGUGGACCAGAGGAUCCCAGUAUGCCCUCUCACAACAAACGCACCUCUCCUUCCUACCAUCCCGGCAGCAGACGCCAUGAACACAGGCACAAGCAUAGCGAGCAUGUCUCCAACCCAGCCUACUCUUUCUACCCAGAGGAGGAGCUCCUCCACUUCUACCGCUGGACCUCUCCUCCAGGGGUGAUGAAGAUCAUCUCCAUCAUCAUCAUCAUCAUGUGCGUAGCGGUCUUCGCCUGCGUGGCGUCUACGCUCGCCUGGGACUACGACAUGAGCAUGAUGGGAAUGAGCGGCGGCGUCGGCGCCGGGAUGGGCAUCGGAGGCGGAGGAUACGGUGGGAGCUACGGCAGUAGUUACGGCGGUGGCUCGUCCUACGGCGGCGGUAUCGGCGGAGGCUCGUCCUACGGCGGAGGUAGCUACGGAAGCGGGACCCAGACUGACCCCCUGGCGGGGAAGGGCUUCAUCAUUGCCAUAGCAGCCAUCACCUUCAUCGCCGUGCUCAUCAUCUUCAUCCUAGUGGUGUCGCGGCAGAACGCGUCCCGCUCGCCUAAGUUCUACCUGGGGGCCAUCAUUGUGUCUGCCAUCUUGGCGAUACUAAUGCUCAUCGCUACUAUAGUCUACCUGGUGGCAGUGAACCCCACAGCCCAGUCCUCAGGGUCCGUCUACUACAACCAGAUCAUACAGCUGUGUUCCCAGUACCAGAAUCAGAACCAAGCCCAGGGCAUCUUCAUCAACCAGUACCUCUAUCAUUACUGCGUGGUGGAACCUCAGGAGGUCAUAGCCAUCAUCCUGGGAAUCUUGGUAUUCGUGGGUCUGAUCAUCCUGCUGGUGUUUGCUGUGAAGACGCGUCAGAAGAUCAGACGUUGGGGCCCAGACAGAAUCCUCUGGGAGGAGACCAAGGUUAUCAGCAACAGCCUGCGCACACACACCAUCGGAGAGUGGGUGAAUAACGUGUCUGGUCAGCCGGACACUCUGGUGAAUGAAUACAACGACAAGGUGGGGGGCUCCAGGAACUUCCUGGACCAGCUGCCAGACCACAGACCUCUGUAUCUGCCUGGGAGCUCAGACAUAACAAGUUCGUUGGGAGGACUGAAGAGCAAGCUGAGGGACUACGACACUGGUGCAGAAUCGGGAGGAGAGGAUCUGGAUGAGAUCGACUUUAACUCCGAGUUCUCUGCCAUCAUGAAUGAGCAGGAGCGUCUGGACUACAAGAGGGAGUUUGACCGGGACCAUCUCGAGUACAAAGAGCUGCAGGCUGAGCUGGAUGACCUCAACAUGGGCCUGGCUGACCUGGACAAGGAACUGGACAGACAACCAGAGGGCAGCCCACAGUUCCUGGAUGCUAUGGAUAAGUACACCCGGAUGAAGAAUAUGAAGAAGUCCUCAGACUAUCAGCUGAAGAAGAAGAGGUGCAAGCAUCUGAAGGCCAAGCUGUCUCACAUCAAGAGGAAGGUCAGCGAGUAUGACCGCAGACCCUGAACCCUGACCACCAACCCCAGUCCAGAGCAGACUACACCCUUGUCUGUCCAGGAAACUGGCCCCAAAAGAAGGAAGACCAUAAUGGGAGAGAAGACCCAGAAAAGGCUUUUUUUCAAUGUGAAGUAAUAUGAACUUUUUUUAAGAGGGAGAAUUCUCUGGAUGUCAAAUAAUGUUGUUUUAUUUUCUUAUUAAGCCCCAGGAUUGUACCCACAGCCGCGGGAAGUAGGGAUGCUGCCACACCCCCUGAAAAAUCUUGAUGUGGCUCAGUUGCUAGAGCAUGGUGCUUGCUAUGCUAUGGUUCUGGGUUCGAUUCCCACAGAGGACCAGUACAAAAAUCUGUGCACUCACUACUGUAAGUUCCCUCUGGAUAAGAGUGUUUACUAACAUGGAAAAGGAAUGAAUAGACCAUUUCAAUUUUCACACAGAAAUGAGUUGCAAAGUAUUUCAAGAAAAUGGAUAACAUAUCAAUAAAGUUUUUUAUAUUCCACAAGUAUUUUAAAAUGACCUGUUUUGUACAGAUUAUUAUCAGACUCAAGUUAAAAAUGCUGGUAAACACUCCAAUACAUUUGGUACAUUUUUCCCCACACAAAAGCAGUGCAUUGGGCCUGUAUUAGCGGACCGACAUAUAGACACUCCAUAUACGCUCCCCUUGUCGUCGCAGCAACCCCACCCCCAAACUACUUCCAGCGGCUAUGAUAAUACCUCUAAUAUGUAGCCUAUGCCGAGUCCCCAACAAUCGAAUGUUCCGGUUUUGGAAAGAGCCUGUGACUCGACUUCAGCUUUUGGACAUGAAGGUGACCAGCCAUCUUAACUCCUCCACAUUUACUGGAUUGAUUGAACAGUACAGAAGAGAACCUCCCCAGACAGUUAUUUUAUUUUUUAUAAACAAUAUUUAUGGGAUCUAGUUUCAGGCGUUUAUUUUAAACCUGCUACGUUAGGUUAACAGUUGGGUAAUGAUGGAUGGCGCAAGAUGCUAAAGGUUAUUAGAGCGCCCUCUAGGGUAUAGAUACAUGACAUGGCCAAUGAACGUUGUUUUUACAUGUUUGUACAUUUUUGUUUUAACAAAGGUUCUCAGGGGAUGCUCCUGUAUCCAAAUAAAAUAUUUUAUCUAUAAAAAAUAAAUACCUGGUGUGUCCUUAUGGAAUUGUACAGUUUUUUUUUAUCAGCUUUUACAAAUUCAUUUUGUCGCGGUCUUUUACUGACAUCCGGGCACCGGAUGUCUAGUAAGCACCGUCCACUGUAUAGUAAGCAAAUUAACGAUGUUUUCCCUUUUUCGUACCUAUAUAUUUUUGUGAAUUUCCAAAAAUGUUUUGCCAUUCAUGUAAAUUGUAAUUUUCUCAGACAUUUCUGUCUGUUUAGUUAAAAAAAUGAAAUGUGAACAUUGUGAUGUAUUGAAGAUAUCCAUCUUCAACAAUAGUCUGAGGUUAAAUAUUGUCCAUACAGAGAUGCAGGCAAGUAACCUACUACUAUGGUGAUUAUGUACAAUGUAGGAUUUAUUGUGUAAAUGUUAUUUAAUAAAAAAUAAAAACACUUUA